UUUAAGCAGAUACGGAGGCAGUAAACAGUUUUGAGCCGUUAGUGUCGAAUUGGCCGGUGAAAUUUACAAAUAAGAGGCAAUUUACGGAAUGAAGUGCAUAUCUGAACUUCUAAAUAAUAAUAAUUGCUAGAAUUGAAGUUUCAGCGGCUAGAAUUGAGUUUCACUUAUUUAAAAAAAAUCAGUUGAGUAGCCUUGAUCUUGAUAGUAUGAGGUAAUGACUUGCAGGAGCGUAUACAUGCUUCCUCUGAGCUAGCUUAAAGUGGGGUUGUCAUUUUAGCAGGGACCUCAGGAAAACUGGAACAGUGAAGAAACGGUGUGUGGUUACAGACUUUUGUGUGAGGUUUUGAAAGUUAGCUCCUGAAAAGAUGCCAACUGUAUUAGCUCUAGAUGUGUCAUUGUCAAUGUGUAGACCACUUAAAGGAGAGGCAAGUCCCGAAGAUUAUAGUCGUAAAAACCUUGCCAUCCAUGGUCUUUCUUCACUGCUUGACCAGUUAAGUAAACUGGAAUUCACUUCAUUAAUUGUGUUCUCUUACCUGUGGGAACAACUGGUUCCGUUUACAAGAGAUGUGGAUGCAGUCAAGUCAGCUCUCAAUACUGUAGGUGAUUACAGUAAGACAUGCCUGGAACCAUUCCUGUCUGGUAUCAGCAGUCUAGUUGUUGAAGAAUUUGGUGGAACUACGCCUGUGCAGGUUAUUUUAGUCACAGAUGGCAGUACAGGAGUUGGGACUGGUUCCCUUAAGAAUAUGAUAGAUUUAUGGAACCAGUCAAGUGAGGGAGAUAGCUCUGUUAAAUGUCCUCUUCCAUUUGCCUUCAAGGGGAAACUACUCAUUGUUUGUAUUGCAAACCCAUCCUCACCAGAAUUGAAGAAAUCUGUACCAUUGUAUGAGCGCCUUAUAGAGCUUAAUGGAGAUGGUGAACUAUUUAUCCCAGAGGGACCUUUAAGUAUGACAAGUGUUCAGGAUAUGUUCACAAAAAUAGCAGAGAAAUACUAUGCUCCAUACUCAGGACUUCUCACUUGCGGACAUCUCAAGUGUAAUAUAACACUGUAUCCCUCGCCAGAACCAUAUACAAAAGAAAAUGAGUUUGUAUCAGUGCAUACAACAGUGUCAGACAAACUAGAGAUAUGUGGUUUUAUGGAUCUGCAAGACAUUGCGAGUCCUCCAACUGUAUCUAGGCACCUUGUUUUGCCAGUGGCCAGUAAACAGAAACAAAACAAUACAGACAUUACUGGAGAGAAAGGGAAAGAUGAAGAAGAGGAGGCUGAGGAUGGUAAACAGCCAUCUUUUACCGUCCUUCUACAUGGUAGUCUUAAAGUUGAGGGUAUGGUUGCUGUAACUAGAGUUGCAGAGAACUGGUUUGGUAUUUUAUAUUCCUGGGCGGACAGCAAGAAGAAGUCCAGCUUGAUGUUGUCACUUUUUGAACCAGGGGCUGAUUCUGUGUCCUGGCUUGGCAAUUUGAACUUUCUGGCUCCAAUUGCAGACUUUUCGGAGCCUCCGUAUGGUGAUGAUGAUAACCGAACACCAUUUCCUGUAAGGCCUAAAGAAAAAAGAAGUUAUGCACAGAGUUGUGUUGUUUGGAUAAAGUCAGUAGGUCUGCAGGCAGACCUUCAGAAAGUUAUCAGACAUGCGAGAAAGUUGCCAGACAAGCAACAGCAGUUUUAUAAAGAGCUUAACCGAGUUAGAAAAGCAGCAUUAUCAUUCGGUUUCAAUGAGCUGUUAGAGGCAAUGGCUGCCAUGUUAGAACGAGAGUGUACGAUGUUGCCAGGGACAGCUCAUCCUGACGCAGCACUACAACUGACACAUGCUGCAACAAGACUGUGUAGUGAAAUGGCUAGAGAUGCAUCCCAGUUAAUUAUGCCAUUAAAGACAAAUUUCUCUCAAGAUGAUGGUUGAACACAUAUCAGUUUGUUGCCACGUUUGAUAGGUGUAUAAUAACUGUAAUUGAAUAAGAUCAUUUGCUCAUGAUAAAACUGAGUUGUAAGACCAGUCUCAAAUCACUAGUUGUUCCUUCUGGAAUCUGGAAAUUGACCAAUGGCAGGUUUACACUGUGAGACUGCUCUCCAAUACUGUAUAGGGGCUUUUAUACGCGGAAUUUUUAUUUUUGCUAUAUUCGCGGAUUUUAAUAUCAGCAAAUUAAAAAAAAAACACGAUUUUAAAUUGGACUUUAACACGUUUGUUGUCAUUCAUGACAAGGGAGGUUACUCUAAAUUAUGGUAAUGACAACUUGAUUCACUAUAUAAAUUUAUUCUAACAACGAAAAAUUGUACAAAAUCAUAAUUUCAACUUUUAAUAACUAUUUAAAUAACAUGUAAAUAAAUAUAAUUUAUAUAUAAAUUAUUUCAUCGUCUGCAUUUACCGGUACUCUAAAUGCUUGCUAAUUGCUUUUUAUUGAUACACACUAUAGCAGUCUGCCCUAACAAAAGCACUUACACUAACAGUUUUUGUAGGGUGUUAUUAAACCUGCCGAUACAAAAGAUCUCCUGCAGAUGAAAUGUAGGAAUGACUUUUCAAUUGAUAAAAUAACCAACAAUAUGCAUUUGAGUAAUUGGUGAACUGUUUUCAAACAAGUGAAUAUAAUUUCGAGCAGUGCGAUAAUAGUUUGCAUGACUUGUCAUAAUAAUGAUAUAUAACAGUAAUCCCGUGUUGUGAGCGAAUCAAAUUAUUUAUGAUUACCUUAUUUAUACCGGAUUAUGGUGGCGCAAUUUUCAAUUAUCUUGGAAGAAGUGGAUCUGAUCAACAUUUAAUGAUGUAGCAAUACAUUUAGUGAAGGUUAUAGCAUAAUUUCAGGAGGAUUUGAUUGUAAAUGUAUGCAGAAACUGAAAAAUUUGUAACAAGUCAUUGGACAAGUAUAACUUUGUGAUCUUGACAGAAUUGUUUCAUUACCAGCUGUUACAAGGUAGGUAAUGGAUAGAAAUGUUUUACAAUAGACCAUUCAAUAAUGUCUGUUGAACAGAAAACAAAAACAAUGAAAAAACUGGCAAGAAAAACAUAUGAUUGACAUCUAAAUGGGAAAGUCUUGUUAGUCAUAAUAUACCUGGAACAUAAUUAUGUAGCUGCUUAUUUAAAAGAUAUAAAAAAAAAACAUUCUGAUGAAAUGUUUUGUAUAGUUGAUGGAAUGUAUAAAGAUGUAUGAUAUAUUGAAAAAUACCUGUCCACUGUUGAUGACUAUGUAAAUUAAGCCUGAAUAAAUAAAAAUAAAAUAUU